AAUCAUCUGGCUGGCAGUACACCUCAUUCCAACGCCAUCACCCCAACAGUUAACAACUACUAUAAGAGAAAAAUUUGUUUUGACCUAGCCGUUUUUUCAGCUUCAGAAGUCGAAAAUGAGUGAUGAAGAAGCACCUGGUGAGGGAGGUGAGGAGUCGCCGGGAGCAGCGGAGCCAGCAGAGGCAGCAGCACCACCUCCAGAUACAACCACCGCUGAGCCCGUGGACACCACCACUUCAGGAGCCCGGAUGAUGAUGCACCACCCCUGGUUGGCGGCCGCCGCGGUGGCCGUCUAUGCCACCAAGGUCAUGUGGGUAAAGUUCCGAGAACUCGGCUUGGCGAAACAGAAAAAGCGGCCCAAAAGUUCGGAGGCAAAGUCGAAGCCCGUGCAGGACAAUGAGGAAAAUGGUUCUGAAUCUGAGUCUGAAUCGGAGGAGACGGAGACUGAUGCAGAGGACGAGGAAAAAGGGCCUGCUGUGGAGCUGCAAUCGGCGAUCUUACCAGAUCUGGUGAAGAUCGACGCUCCUGAUGAGAACUAUCGAGCAAUCGAAGUGCCACCCGCCGACUUCUGAUGCUCAAAUUCGGGGAUGAAGGAUCUUGCGAAGACACUGCACUAUCACACCGAACAAGGACACUAAUUGUUGUAAUGCUUGCGAUUUACGAAGGGGAGGAUCGUUAGCGACGUUGGAAAUUAACCACCACAUUGGAGGACACAAAUUUUUUGUUUUAUAACAUUUACCAAAAUUCUUGUAUAACAUUUAGACAUAUAAUUGGUUUUUAUCGGUUCUCUA